UGGCGCGUGUCGACGCCACAAGUGGAGACGCAAUCCGUUGCAACCAGACGAUUACACAAUACUGAUAACAGGACACGAUUGUUCUGGUGGACCUACGUCUUCAUUUUUUACCAUUUGAUUAUAUCUCUUCCUGAAAGGAUUACGUAUUUUCAACCACGAUCAUGCCAGCUGAUACUAUGGAAAAGCAGACAGGAUCCCCGAUGGCUGGUGCCCCUGCAAACGGAUCCCACACACCCGACAAGCCAAAAAACGCCAGCGAGCAUAGAAAGUCAUCCAAGCCCAUUAUGGAGAAAAGGCGCAGAGCAAGAAUCAACGAAAGCCUUGGUCAGCUCAAGACGCUCAUCCUAGACGCACUAAAGAAAGAUAGCUCCAGACACUCCAAGCUGGAGAAGGCAGACAUCCUGGAGAUGACUGUGAAACACUUGAGGAACCUGCAGCGCGUCCAGAUGAGUGCUCUGUCCCCCGACGCCACCGUCCUGAGCAAGUACAGAGCAGGAUUCAACGAGUGCAUGAAUGAAGUCACCCGCUUCCUGUCCACCUCCGAGGGGGUGAACUUGGAGGUGAGGUCGAGGCUGCUCAACCACUUGUCCGGCUGCAUGGGUCAGAUGAUGGCCAUAAACUACCCGCAGCAGCAGCAGCAGCAGCAGCAAGCCCCCCCUCAGCAGGCCCACCUUGUUCAGCCCCUCCAUGUGCAGCUCCCCUCCAGCCUGCCCGUCAGCCCCGCCAUGGCCUCCAAACUCAGCCCAGCCGAAGCGGCCUCCCCCAAGGUGUUCGGCGGCUUCCAACUGGUCCCAGCAUCCGAUGGACAGUUUGCCUUCUUGAUCCCGAACCCCGCGUUUGCAGCCGCCUCGGCAGCACCUAUUAUUCCUCUGUACGCAAACGCAGGGCUGCCGGUGACUGUCAACGGACCUUCGGCGCCCGCUGCUGCGUCACCCGUCCAUGGGAUGACGUCGUUCUCCGGAGGAUCCCAGGCGGUCAGCCCGGUGGGAGUAAGCCCCGGCUCGGACAGCGGCGAGGCUGUGUGGCGUCCGUGGUAGCGGCUCAUUGGCAGGUUUUGGGAUGAAACGAGAACAAGGAGAGCUUUGACGAGGAUCGAACCCGUGACUUUUCCGCUUCAGCACCCUGACAGAGUUGAUGCAGCAGCUGUAUUGUUUGUUUCGUUUUAUGGAACACAGAGCCCUGAGCUGGCACAGUUGAAAUAAUUCAUCACCGAGUCCAACAUUUGGAUUUUGGCGAGAAAUAAUGUCUACAUGCAGAAGAGAUGAUUUAUAGGAGUUUUACUAUAAAGUACUUUUUAUCAAAAGGUUUAGUUUUGUACAGUUAAUGAUUGUUAUACCAAAGCUGUGUUUUAUAUUUCUUCUUGUUUGUGUUUUCGACAGAAAAACCGGCCGAUUGCCUGGUGUUUGUUAAAUAAAUCAUAGUGCAAAAAUACACUUUCGUGUCUACAAUCUAUUUCACCACAAACCGUUCACACGUUGACAGAAAAGCCAAAACUAAUUCCAUUUUUUUGACAUUUUGAAGUUGGAAUCUUUGGCGUCAAGUUUGGCGGGACUUCUUUACAUCUGGCAGGGACAAUGGCUUUGUUGUCUUUCUUUCUAUUCCUCACUCCGGCUAUAAAGGUAAUUAAAAGUUGUAAAGGGGCUCUCAUUCCGUAUGCAGCGGGAUCCCGGAGAAGUCCUAAAGUCUAUUCAUGAGCCUGGGAGAUGUGCUCGGGGUUAAUGUCACUAACAGAUUGCCCCACUGAAAGAAGAAUAUGGAGGGAUCCCUCUUCCUUUUGUCUGCCAAUUGUUCCAUUCCACUCCCCGCGAGGAGUGAACCUGCACCUUGGAGGGAACUUGUUCCGACAUUCGCUUACAAAUGAUUACCUGUACUGAUCA